GAACAGUCACUGUUCACUGUCAGCUUCACGGAAACAGACUACUGCAGAUUUAACAGAUCCGGGGUAUCAACAAAACGUUUUAUUUUCUGCGUAAAGAUUCUCUAGGGCUUCUUUUCAGUCUGAUGUAAUCAGACUAUGGAAAGGCUGACCCAAAGAGCACGGAGUGGAGGAGCCUAUAAUGAUACUGGCCAAAAUGAGAAAGUCCCUGAAUGCGAAUGGAGAUUACGGCGUAAGGUUGUAGAAAAAGGGGAAAGGAGAGGAGCAUACAGUGUUGACAGGAAAGGAGGUGGACGAGGUGAGACAAAAUACUAUGAGAGAGACAAAAAAGAGGGGAGUGGCGCCAGAUCAAAAUCAGUUGGCAAAGCUAGGGCACCGAGGCAUAGUGGAAUGAGCUAUAAAUCACUAGAGGAACUCUCUAAAAAAGACCCAUCAGUCAUAGCCAUCACUCUGUCCUCUAACCCUGCCCUGCAAACUCUCCUGGAUGAGACCACGAUGAGAAAGGACCUUGUUGAACUUCUCUGCCUGGUGCUGAGCAUGGCCUUCAAAUCUCGAGCAGACCGCAGCACCCUGCAGCACCUGGGCAACAUCAUUAAAGAUUCAGGGUUCCUUCGUUACGUCUUACCCCAUUACCUUGCAGGCAUGGGGUCAGAGGUCAGUCCUGUUCGCAUGACACAAUAUCCACGGCAACUGGAGAACAUCCUCACAGUCCUCUCAAAGGUGCUCAGCAUCUUCCCUGCUAGUUCGGUCAUGGCAGUGAGUUUGCUGUUGACGCAGUUCCAAGCCACCAUCAACACCCUGAGAGCAUUAGGAGUGGACAUCCAGCCUGAGGUGGAGGAGAAUAUGGAGAAUCUUCAAGUCCUUGUCAAACACCUCCAAGAGAGAUCCAGAGAGGGCACCCUCCGCUCUGACAAGGACACAUAUUCACUUCUACCUGCAGGUGGAAGUAAACCAGAUGAAGAAGAUCAGCAAAACUUCAGGACCAUACCCAUCUACCCAACUCCAGAGGAGCUUCAUCAGACAGACAGGCCCUUCCUUAGACCCAACCUCACCUCUCAGCGCUACACAAACACCCACCUCUACCUUGACACACACUUCCGGCUGCUGAGAGAGGACUUUGUGAAGCCACUCCGGGAGGGAAUCCAAGAACUGGUUUUUAACCAAAUGAACAUCGGAACAACUGAUAGCCCUUCAAGAUCAAAACGCUUUGACGAUGUCAGAAUAUAUCAUGACACACAGCUGAUGGUGCCCCAAUGCACAAACGCUGGCAUUGCCUAUGUAGUCCAAUUUGAUGUUCAGCCACUCAAGUUUGUGCGUUGGGAGAACUCCAAGAGGCUGAUCUUUGGAUCCCUGGUCUGUUUGACUUGUGACAAUUUUGACACCUUCUUGUUUGCGACAGUCUCUGAUCGAAAACCAAAUGAUCUGCAGAAAGGACAGGUCCAGAUUACUUUUACUGAAGAAAGCAGAUUAAAGUUGGCCAGAAUUCAGAAAGAUCAGGUGUUCUUGAUGGUAGAGACCACUGCAUACUUUGAGGCCUAUCGGUAUGUCCUGGAGGGCCUGCAGGAGCAGGAAGAGGACGACCUGCCCUUUCAAAGGUACAUUGUGGAGUGCAAUGCAGAUAUCCAACCUCCAGCUUACCUGCAAAGACAAGACAUGUAUGACCUGUCACACAUUGCUGACCCUGCCCAUAAGGACAGCCUCAAACCUUUUCACAGCCUGGAUGAACAGGCUUGGCCAAAAAUGGAAAAGCUGGGGCUGGAUGAGUCUCAGAUGAGAGCCUUGAAGCUGGCCCUCACCAAAGAGCUGGCCAUUAUACAGGGACCUCCUGGCACUGGAAAAACCUAUGUUGGCCUUAAAAUUGCUCAGGCUCUGCUGACUAAUGAAGAGCUUUGGACAAAUCCAGCUAAUAAGUCUCCCAUUCUGGUAGUGUGUUACACUAACCAUGCCCUGGAUCAAUUCCUUGAGGGCAUCCAUAGAUUUCUCCCACGGGGCAUAGUGAGAGUAGGCGGCCGCAGCAACAGUGAGAUCCUGAAGCAGUUCAAUCUAAAGGAGCUGACUCACUCAGAGGAUUUCAGAGAGACUCUGCCAUAUCACCUGCGAGACGCCUAUAACAAUAUCUACCGGCAGCUCUGUGAUGAGCAAAGGAAACUCGAGCAUCAGAGUGUGAAGCUGGAGUGCUCUCUGAAAGGUCCCCUUCGUCAAAAUUAUCUACAGAAGUACAUUUCAGAGACACACUGGGACAGUCUGCAUCAACCACCUGGGGAAGAUGGAUUUGAGGUUUGCCAGGAGAGGAAGAAAUCCAGUCUGAUGAUAGACUGGUUGGGUCUAGGUUCCACUGUUUUCCUACAGAGGGAGACAGAGUACAGACCUAGAAAUGAAGAAGAGGCAGCAGAGGAACCCAUGGAGGAAGACCUCAUCGAAAUUGCAGAGGAGGCCGAUCUGAUCCAGGCAGAGCGGAUUAUUGAAGACUACACUGAACCCAGAGGUGGACGAGAUGGCAGAUGGAAAGCGGACGAUGGAGUGGAGGCUGUUAAAGCUGUGGAAAAAAUGAUGCUGGCAAUGAAUCUGGACGAAGUGGAAAUACAGGCUGAGGAAGGAUGGGAGAUACAGCGGAAUCAGAAGAAAAAGAUAAUGAACAAAAUCAGGAAAGAGCUGGCAAAGAGUUCAACUAUGACAGAGCAAGAAGAAAGGCUCAUAUUUGAUAUUUGGACCCUUAGUCAGCCUGACAGAUGGAGACUCUAUCGAUUGUGGGUGGCUCGCUACAGAUUAGACCUUCGCACUAAAGCUAUGAAGUCUGAACAGGAUUACCAGAUAACGGCCGACCGAUUAGCUGAAGUAAAACGUCACCAGAACCUCUGUCUUCUUAAGGAAGCAACGGUCAUUGGCAUGACAACAACAGGAGCAGCCAAGUAUCGCCAGAUUCUGCAGGAGGUGCGUCCCACCCUGGUCAUUGUAGAAGAGGCUGCAGAGGUUCUGGAGGCCCACACCAUCACAACACUGAGCAAGGCAUGCCAGCACCUCAUCCUCAUUGGAGACCACCAGCAGUUACGCCCCAGUGCUACUGUGUAUGAACUUGCAAAGAACUUCCACCUGGAGAUGUCAAUGUUUGAGAGACUGGUGAAGAUGGGACUUCCCUUUGUGAGACUCAACUACCAGCAUCGUAUGAGGCCAGACAUAGCCAGUCUUCUGACCCCACACAUCUACUCAAAUCUGGAAAACCAUCCCUCUGUGUUGGAUUAUGACAACAUCAAAGGUCUUAAUACCAACUUGUUCUUUUUGGAGCACAGCCACCCAGAAGAAGAGAUCCAAGAUGGAAGAAGCCAUCAGAACAAGCAUGAGGCCACAUUUGUUGUCGAGUUAUGUCGUUACCUGCUUUUGCAGGAGUACAAACCAGAGCAAAUUACCAUCCUCACAACCUACACUGGUCAGCUCCACUGUCUGCGCAAACUUAUGCCUGCCAGUCAGUUCUCAGGGGUCAAAGUGCAAGUAGUGGACAAGUACCAAGGAGAAGAGAAUGAUAUUGUCUUGUUGUCUCUGGUUCGCAGCAACUUGGAGGGAAGGGUUGGCUUUUUAAACGUCCCCAACCGUGUCUGUGUUGCGUUGUCACGUGCAAAGAAAGGCUUAUAUUGUGUAGGGAACAAGGAAAUGCUUAGCCAGGUCAAACUGUGGAGCAACAUUUUCCACAUUUUAAGUGAGAAGCAGCAGGUUGGGAAAGCUCUGACCUUAUGCUGUCAGAAUCAUCCAUCUCGUCAAGUGAAUGCUUCAUGCGCUAAGGAUUUCAAACAAGCACCCGAGGGAGGCUGCACCCAACCUUGUGAAUUUCGUUUAGAUUGUGGCCAUGUCUGCUCAAGUGUGUGCCACCCUUAUGACGUUGAACACAAGAAAUACAAGUGUGGAAAGAAGUGUCAGAAGAUCCUGUGUGAAAUGGGACACCGUUGUACUCUUGUGUGCCAUUUCACUUGUCCAAAGAAAUGUCCAGUGAUGGUUGAAAAGACGAUUCCCCAGUGUCAACACAAACAGAUGGUUCCUUGCCACCAAGAUCCUGAGACAUUUGCAUGCCGUGAACCUUGCCAGAAAACACUCCAGUGUGGACAUCCAUGCGAUUCACUCUGUGGCAGUCCUUGCACCAUUGAGUGCAAAGUAAAGGUCACCUUAGACCUGAAGUGCGGCCACAGUCAGGAUGAUUGCUGCUUUUACAAAACACUGAUGAUGGAGCCUAAAUGUAGGACCCCGUGUAAGCUUCAGUUAAAAUGUGGCCAUACCUGCAAAGGUAAUUGUGCCAAGUGUUACCAGGGACGUUUUCAUUCCGCCUGUUCUCACCGGUGUGAGCGCCUUCUUAUCUGCUCUCAUAAGUGCAGACAGCCUUGCACUCGUGAUUGCCCCCCCUGUCAGCAACCAUGUGAGAACCGCUGCGUCCACAGCAAGUGUGGCAAGCCAUGUGGACAGCCCUGUGCUCCGUGCAUUGAGCCCUGUACUUGGCAGUGUCCUCACCAAAGCUGCAGUAAGCUUUGCCAUGAGCCAUGUGAUCGUCCGCCAUGCACCGAACCUUGUGCCAAGCUCCUGGAAUGUGGCCACCCAUGCAUAGGUCUGUGUGGAGACAAAUGCCCAAGCAAAUGUCGCAUCUGUAAUCGUGAAGAGGUCACAGAGAUUUUCUUUGGAACCGAGGACGACCCUGAGGCUUACUUCAUAGAGCUAAAAGACUGUGGACACAUCAUUGAAUCCACAGCCAUGGAUAGAUACAUGGGAAUGGAUGAAAACCAGCAGGCACAUGAAGGAGUGGAAGUGGCAAUAAAACUUAAGGAAUGUCCGAAGUGUCGAACUCCAAUCCGCAAGAAUCUGCGUUAUGGAUCUCACAUCAACCGCUGUCUAGCUGAGAUAGAAAUGGUGAAGGAGAAAAUAAACGGGCCUCAAGCAAAUACUGAAAUGUACAAAAAGGCCCUUCAGAAACAGUGGAAGGAAAACACUCACAUGGAUGAAAUGCCACAGGAAUAUUGGGACAUUAAAAAGGAACUGAAAGACUCCUGUCUGACAGCAAAUGAUCUGUCGGUUCUUGAAAACAAGAUGGACUUUUUAACUAGACUGGCAAAACUACUCGUGGUUAAAAGGAAAAACAUGUCACACUCACAAGGCUUUAAGUUUAUGGACAGCAUUCAGGAGUUUGUGUACUGGCUGAGAAACAAGCACCAAAAAUAUACAGAGCAGCAGGUCUUUGAUUUGCAGAGGGAACUGCGAAAACUCACCAUCCUCGCUGAAUUUAAUGCCCACUGCCAUAAAGCAAGCCAAACAGGACAAAGUGGCAGCAUUCAAUCUGAGGUACAAAGAGUAAAAGAGGUUUUAGAAAAGUGUGGGCAGUUCACCGAGCAAGAUGAAGACAGAGUGAAAGAAAGCAUGCAAGAGCUGAAGAAGAUCCCACUCACAGGUUUGGGGAUCAGUGAGGAAGAGAGGAAGAUGAUUGUCUCAGCAAUGAAUAUGAGACCUGGACACUGGCACAAAUGUCCCAAUGGCCAUAUUUAUGUUAUCGGAGACUGUGGAGGGGCAAUGGAGAGCCGACGCUGCCCCGAUUGCACAGCUACUAUUGGUGGGGGCAAUCAUACAUUGGAAAGUGGCAACCAAGUUGCUUCAGAGAUGGAUGGGGCUCAGCACCCUGCUUGGUCUGAGGCCAACAACAUUCUAAAUUUUGACCAGUUUUAGAUCUAAAAGUUGUUGUGGAUCUACAUUUACUGGUCUGUAAGAGUAGAUUAAAAAAUGUGCAUGAGACGGUUUAAUCAUUUCAGACCAGAAGAGUGAGCUAUAGUAAGAUACUGUCUAUAAAGUUUGCGUUUAUGAUGUACUUGGAUAAAUAACCUGGCUAAUUCUUCUAAAUCUAAGUCAUGGCUGUAUGAUCUGAUUUUGCAGCAGUGAAAUCCUUCAAGAUAUGAAUGGAAGAGCACAGAUCACAAAACUAGUAUUUAAGAUGAGUUUACUGUGAUAAUUUUUGUUUUGUAAUUUUACAUGAUUUUUUUAAUCCUACCAGAGAUGGUGGGUCAUUUUAUUUUACUGUGUUACAAAAGGCAUGUACCAGAGACCUGAUGUGAUGAAAAUGGAGAUGGAUGGAUGGAUGGUCUCUCGCUUUAGAUGUUGUUACACCCUGCAACAAUAGGUGGCAGUAAAGUACUGUAAAAUAACUUACAGAUGCACGAUUUCAAAUGUAUUAUGUUCUUAUCUGGUUCAAAUAGAUUAAAGAAAAAAGUAUCAAAA